AUGGUUAAAGAACAAAAGUCUGGUCUUAUUGUUGGCUUAAAUAAAGGUCAUAAAAUAACUCCUCGCGAACCUCGUGCUAAACCUUCCCGAAGAAAGGGGGCUAGCACUUAUCGAGUGAAAUUCGUUCGCGACAUAAUUCGUGAAGUUGCUGGCUAUGCUCCUUACGAGAAACGUGUAAUGGAACUGCUGAAAAACUCUAAAGAUAAACGUGCAAGAAAGUUGGCUAAAAAAAGACUUGGCACCUUUACCCGUGCAAAGAGAAAGGUCGAAGAACUUAGCAAUAUCAUUGCAGAAUCUCGUCGUGCUCACUAA